CUUUAGUUCCACAGAACUAGUAAACACAACUGUAAGAACAAAUAGCUCUAAAUUUGAACAAUCGUGCUUCACCGGCGAUCGGAAAACCGUAUAAUUUCUGUUCCGAAGAAUUUAACAAUAAUUGAUUACUAAAAACUAAAAUUAAAAUUUUUUUAAAAAAAUGUUGCCGACGUCAUCGAAAGGGCGAAUGCCCUCUCGAUCCAACAAUCCUGUUUUCCCGCAGUAUCUCCGUAGAAUUAUCAAGUGGCAACAAAUGGAUAUUGAAUACACUUUCUGGCAAAUGCUUCAUUUAUGCACGUCUCCAAAAGUUGUUUAUCAGCACACCAAGUACCAUAAGCAAACAAAAAAUCAGUGGGCACGUGAUGAUCCUGCUUUUAUUGUAAUUUGCAUUCUUCUCUUGAUUGUUUCUUCUGUUGCAUAUUCCGCCACGUAUGAUCGUAGCAUUGGACAUGCAGUUUUUGUGGUUAUGUCCGUGACAUGCGUCCAUUUUCUAUUGGUCGGAGCAGUGGUUGCGACAUUUUGCUGGUUUGUGACAAAUACUUAUCUUCGGGAAGAAACCUCAAACAGUCAUGUGGUAGAACAACGCGUUGAAUGGUUGUAUGCAUUUGAUGUACACUGUAACUCUUUCUUCCCGUUGUUUAUUGUGCUUUAUGUGAUACAGUUUUUCAUAUCACCUCUUCUGGUGGCGCAUGGUUUCGUUCCGCUUCUGCUGUCAAAUCUGAUUUUUACAGUGGCCAUAUCCUACUAUCACUAUCUCAACUUUUUAGGUUAUGAUGUGCUUCCAUUUUUAGAGAAGACCACUUUCUUCCUAUACCCAAUCGGCAUUGUAAUAAUUUUUACACCCAUUUUGAUUUUAAGCGGGUUCAAUCCCUCAAGAUACUUGAUGAACGUUUACUUCAGUCAAUGGUCAUGAUGUGUUAAGCUUGAAGCUCGAUAUGUUUGUGAUGUGGUAUAUUCUUGUCCCCACUCAAGACUUUUAUCAUUUAAAUAUCAACAUCUCAGACGACAUUUGGGGUGAGUGUUUCCUACCAAAUGCCAGAAAUAAAGUUCAUACUGAUGUGAUAACAUUGGGUAAGUAAUUCAGCAUUAAAAAUUGUAAAAUGAGUACUAUCAUUAUUUAUUUAAACAUUAAAACCACAAAUAAAGCGUUUAGCAACAUGUUAUGCAUCAAAUAAUUCGAAACCACGACUUCUGA